AUGCCGAAGAGCGAAUUCCAUGAACCUUCUCACAUGGGAAUUGAUUCCCAAUUCCCCACGAAAAGGUCAAAAUCGAAGAGUCCAUCUCCCUCUCCCCUACGCUUCCUUCCCUUCCCUCCCCUUCCCUUCCCUCCCCUCCCCUGUAAGAUCCAUCUGCAGCUUUUCUUGCCUGCUUCCUUCUUUCCUUCCUCGUAUCGAAUUCCUUCCCGUCUGUCCUCUUCUGUCUUGUCACUUCUCUCCCUCCGCGACUCGGGUUAGAUUCCUCUCUUUAUCAUUGAGACUGCAGCUGGUAGCAUCAAUCUCGUUGCAACCGGAGAAACAUGCUCCACAAGAGCUUCAAGCCCGCGAAAUGUAAAACGGCAUUGAAGCUAGCUGUUUCGCGGGCGAAACUGUUGAAGAAUAAGAAAGAGGUGGUGGUGAAGCAGCUCAAGAGAGAAUUGGCCCAGUUGCUCGAGUCUGGUCAGGACCAGAAUGCUCGAAUUCGGGUUGAACAUGUGGUCAGGGAAGAGAAGAUGAUGGCAGCAUAUGAACUUAUUGAGAUAUUCUGUGAACUUAUAGCAAUUCGCCUUCCAAUCAUCGAGUCACAGAAGAACUGCCCUAUUGACUUGAAGGAAGCUGUUUCAAGUGUUAUAUUUGCAGCCCCAAGAUGUUCAGACAUUCCUGAACUUGCUGAUGUUCGCAAACAUUUUACGGCAAAAUAUGGGAAAGAGUUUGUCUCUGCUGCUAUUGAACUUCGCCCAGAUGGUGGUGUGAAUCGUACUAUGAUUGAGAAAUUAUCUGCAAAAGCUCCUGAUGGUCAGACCAAACUCAAAAUUCUCACUGCAAUUGCCAAGGAGCAUAACAUCAAAUGGGAUCCUAAAUCAUUUGGGGAGAAAGAUUCCAACCCUCGAGAAGAUUUACUUAAUGGACCGACGACAUUUGGGAAUGCCAAUAACAUGAAUGUGGAAUCUUCAAAUGUCCAAGCACAUUAUUAUGGAAGAGGAACCCCAGAUAUCCAUAAUCCUCCUCAAAAUGAAGUGAAGCAGGAAGCUCCGAUCAACUAUAACGGAAACAACAUCAGGUCAUCAUUUGGUUCCCAAAAUGUGAAUCCUGCGGAUGUUAAUGCUUCGGCUGCUCCAAGUCCUCACUGGAAGCCUUCAGGAAAUGGAAUGGAUAGGAUGGAAUCCGGCAAUUUACAUUCUGAGGAUCAGAGCCCUAAUUUUGCGAAUCGGCAAGAUUGGAAUAUGGAGUUCGAGGACGCUACUGCUGCUGCUCAGGCAGCAGCUGAAUCUGCAGAAAGAGCGAGUAUGGCUGCUAGAGCAGCUGCAAAACUUUCUAGUCGAGGGAAGGCAAUGAACCAAUAUUCCACAGGAUCUCAGGGCUCUUCUGCUUAUGCUAGAGAUGGAACUAGAAGACAUUCCAGGUCUAGUUUUGAUAGUGAAGCCUUUGCGGGUGGUCAAAUGGGUAAUAAUUUUGAGAGAAGUUCGAGGACACAAAAUGAGGAAAUUGGUGCUAAAGAGAGGCAUGAUUUCAUGGGAGACUCUGAAGGACAUUAUGGAGACAGUAAGAGCAAUAACCGACCUAGCCAGUUACCCGCUGCAGCUUCUACUUCAGAUUCUUUCAAAGAUAAUAACCCCUUAUCAAGGCCACCUGUACGUGGGAUGAGUGAUGAAAGUUCCCAAAAUUAUGGUGGCUGGAAUUAUCAAGAGCAAACUACUGCAAAACAAGAUGCAGAUGAAGAGGAAGAGGAAGAGGAAGAUGUUGACCUUGCAACAUUGACUAAAAGACUUUGUGGAGGUGGACGUCAGACUGAAACUGGAUCUGGUCUUUCUAGUUUUAAGAAAACCAGUGGAGAUGCUGUUAGCAAUAAAGCGUCAUUCCAGCAACAGAGAAAUUCCCAAAACAUACCUCCUAACGAGGAUGUUACCAUAGAUGAGUUUAGUAUGAGAAGGCAGUCUGAGAAGUUUGAAGCGGAACCUUACGAUGAAACUCUAUAUGGUCAGAGAACUGAGAAAGCAAAGAAUUUGGAGGAUGAGAGAUUCAGAAAAGAUUUUACCGGUUACUCUUAUUCUGGUUCAUCACCUGCUAGGUCUUCAAGUGAUCAACUGCGUGAUGUGGAGUCUAAGAGCCAGGAUUUGGUGGAUGCUGUCACUGAGAACCCUUUUGCCCAUUUUGAUGAAGAAAAGUUCCAUGAAGAUGCAAAACCAGCAAAUGCCAGUGGCUCUGUUGUAUUUGAUGAUUAUGCUUCGGAUGGUGAGAAUUCUGCCUUUGAUUUGGACAAGGGACCAGAAACCAGUUCACAUAUCUUUUCUCCUGAUAGAAAAUCGACAGGUUACCUGUCAGAAAAUAUUAGUGCACCAAGCCUGAGGAGAAAUAGGGUUGAUAUAUUCGGAAACGAUGGUUCUGAAUCGCAUUCAUUGAGAGAUCAGAACUCUGCUUCUGUUUUCUCUGAGAGUGAAGAUGCUUUUGCUGUUCGAGUGGAUGAAGAUGAGAUUCCCCCUGCAGUAUUUGAUGAUGCAAGUGGAUUCCACUCAGAAAGGGAAGAGGAGGAGCCAGAAAAAUAUGAGAGAGACGUAGAAAAUGUUCUCGGUUCCAGGCCCAAAAAGUCCCACUUCAAUUUGAUUAGUAAAGGCUCUGAUAAAUUUGAUGAUCCAGCCGAUAAAGAGAGUCAGGAUUGGUUACAUCACUCAAGGGUGUCCUCGGCUCAUGAAGCAGAUGAUGAUAGUUGGGCCUCUCAGAAAUCUGCUGCUGUGAAUGAUUCUGAAACUCUAGGAAAAUCCAGUCCUGAUGAUGCGACAGAGUUGAGCUUGGGGAAAUUGACUGGUGGCCUUAAAAAUAAAGGCUACAGGCACCCGCCGUAUGUCAGAAGUUCAUUGGGCGAAAUUUCAUCAUCUAGACAAGAAGCUGCAGAUGAGGCGAAGAACACACCCCCGGUUUCUAACCAACCAAGAACUUCAUCUAGUCCCGAGAUUGCCGAUGAUCUGUACGAUCAGGAAGUGAGAAUUCUGAAAGGAAUCAGCACAAGAGGCAGAUAUGGGAGUUCUUUGGGUGAAGCUUCAGCCAUGAGGAAACCAUUAGAGGAUACAGCGAAAAAAUCCUCCUUUUCAUCAACCACUCGCAAGGAAUCUAUUGAUUCGGACAAUGAUGAUUCAUAUACUCAGGAUGUAGACGUUGAUUAUAAGAGACUGAGUGGAAGACUAGAAGAGAAAUCCGUGAGGAGGUCGUCUGUUGAAGCUCCAUCAACUAAACAAGCAGGUGCUGAUUCUUCGGCCAAAUAUGGCUUCUCUAGCCCCCCACGACAGAUUUCUGGCAGCCGUUGGGAAUCAAACAAUCAUGGAAUGGACUCAGCGGCAGGCAGGCAGUCAAUCACCCUAGACUAUGUCUCUUCCUACGGCUCAGACCAGACUGAAGGUCGCAAGGACGAAUUUCUGUCCCAAGCGUCAGGCAGCAGGGCCCGUUAUGGGGCUGGGCUUUCUCGAAGGACUAAAGGCAGCCCAUCGAAAACUGACAGGAGUACCCUGUUUAAACCAUCACCGGCCCCUGUGGAAGAAGAAACACGAGAACCUAUAAAAAUUUCCUCGACGAGCUCUUAUUCUGAUAGGAGGUCCGAGGUGAAGUCGGCAUAUCCCUCUGAGGAAGCUGAGACUCGAGAUAGAAGGGCAGAUACAAAAUCUUCUUUGAGGAGCUCCUUUUUGAAACCAUCGUAUACUCCGGAGGAAGAAGAAACUCGAGAACCUUUAAGAGUUUCCUCUAGGAGGUCUUCUACUGAUAAAAUGCGGGAGGUGAAGCCGGCAUAUCCCUCCGUGGAUGUCAAGACUCCGGAGAGAAGAUUGGAAAUAAAACCAUCUUCAAGGAGCUCCUACGGCAGCGAAACUUAUAGAAGUACCCGAUCAGAGAGGACGGCAUCGGACAGUAGAGGCAGCUCUGAUCGGCCGCAAUCGGGAAAAGAAGCCCUUGAGAGACCAAAGUCUGAACCGAAGAAGGCUUCAGAACGGCCUUCCGCUUCACCUCAAAAAUCGGGUUCAGCGGUUCCCAGCACGAGUUCCAAACCUGCAAAACCGAGUUUGGGGGAUACUUCAAGGGAGAAUUCAUUCAAUAAAGCUAGUCACGUCCACCCGAAGCUACCUGACUACGAUACCAUAGCUGCCCAGCUGGAGUUGCUCAGAGCAAACAGGAAUAAGUGAUUUCUUGAUCCAUUUUUCUUUUUUGUGGAUGUACAGGCAAUUUUUUACGCGGUGCGAGUAUACUGGAUUCAUAUAUUUCUUUCUGUGGAGAAUGGUUUUGCUGCGAUUCGUUGUAUGUUUGUGUAAUAAACUUGUUCGUCGAGUUGAGAUUGAGAUGCGAUAUACAAAGUCGAACUAUUCUUUCGAUGGUUGA